GUUCGCUCAGUAUGUUGCGGCCCUUGCUUACGUACGGUGGUAUACGCGCGUGAGUAACGAGCGAGUGUGAACCGAUCGUCGUGACGAGAGCGCGCCAGUCCGAGGAAUCGAGUACGCGAGGAAAAAGGAAGCGACGGCUACGCUCAGUCUCCUGUGAUCAACGUUUACGCGACAGACUCACGCGAGCUUCCCGCUUUUUGUGUUCUCCGCAUCGAAGCGCCACAGCAGCACGCGCUCUCGUAAAGUGUCUCGCAAAGUUUCGAAAGUCCGCGCAACCCGGAAAACGGAAAAGCAGCAGAUUCGCGUUCUAUCUGUCUCUUUCUCUCUACGAUAGUGGUGCGUCUACGUCGCGCCAGCGCGGGCGUCCUUCCGCGUUCUCUCUCUCGCGCGCGCGUUUGCGCGCCCUCAGAUUAACAAUUUAGUGGAGUGAUUUUGUUUUUCGUCUCUCGCGGUCGUCGCUCCGUUAGCCGUUCGGCGCGCGCGGGAUCGGUCCCGGUGGACCGUGCGAUUUCGAGUACCCUAUUACGAAGGGUACUAGACGGUGCAAAGCAUCCGGUGGAAUUCCUCGACUUCUCACUAUCCGGUCAUCGGGAUUCUCUCGCGGGGAUGUUAAGAUAACCCUUCAUCCAUCGCGCCGGAUUGGAUUACCAUGCUGGACACGGCUACGAGUCGCAGGUGGCUCUUAGACGUCCAAGCUGAAACUGUGAAAAGUACAAAUUGGCAGCAGUAUGCUUACAACGUAGCAUUCAAACUUCAACCAUCUUCUUGCUGAGUCGCUCUGCGAUGUUGUUUAGGUGAGCGGGAGGGAGGCGCUGACCGGUGGCGGCGGCGGCCAUGCGCCCCGGCCCGUCAGUAGAGCCGAGCCGCCGCAGGCCUCCCCGUCGCCAGCAUCCGCAUCAGCAGCAGCUCCAUCGGGAGCGCGAUCGACAGCAGCAACAGCAACAGCAACAGCAACAUUGGCUGCAUCCGUGGCGGUUGCGCUUCAACAGUUCGCGCGCUCUCCUGGUGCUGCUGCUACUGGCCAGCAGCCCCCUGGUCCUGGGUCUGACUGAGCCGCCAGGAUCAUCAACAGCUGCAGCGGCCCCAGCGACCCAGUGCCAGCAGGCACACAAGAGCCAACUGAAGUCGGGGAAUAACGCGGUGAAAAAUUUGACCAUCGGUUACCUCACGGCCAUCAAGGGCGGCCUCAAGGAUCGUCAGGGUCUCGCCAUCUCCGGCGCCCUGUCCAUGGCCCUCGACGAGAUCAACAACGAUACAAGCAUUCUGCCGAACGUGACGCUAGUGAUGCGAUGGAACGACACGAGGGGAGAGACUGUCGAAGCUACCAAUGCAAUGAUCGAGAUGAUCUGCGACGGGGUCGUGGCCUUCUUCGGACCGGAAGGCUCCUGCUACGUCGAGGCCAUAGUCGCUCAAGCCCGCAACAUACCUAUGAUCAGUUACCAGGCGCUGCGGAACCGAGGGGGGGCACAGAAGGCGAUCGCCCACUCAGUAAUUCAGAAAUGCUCAGACUACAAGGCUUCGAGAGUGAACACCUUCGUGAGGACCGAGCCGCCAGACACGCAGGUGACCAAAUCGGUGAUCGCCUUGCUGUUGCACUACGGAUGGAACAAAUUCACAAUCGUGAGCGAGCGCGCAUGGGUAACGGUCGCCCGUUCGCUGAACGACGAGUCGAGUAAGAGCAAUCUCACCGUGAACCACUACAAGAUCGUCGAGGAUCGGCACACGUGCUGCGAGGAGAGAAUGUCUUGCUGCCAAGUCAGCGUAUGGUUCCAAAUUAUACAGGAGACCAAAAAUAUGACCCGCAUUUACAUCUUCCUGGGUACGCCAAUGUCACUCAUAGAUAUGAUGAAUUCGAUGCAAAGCCAAAGGCUGCUGGAUGACGGGGAGUACAUGGUAAUAUACGUGGACAUGAUGACGUAUUCGCCGCGCGAAGCACAGAAAUAUUUGUGGAAACCGGAACACUUCGAUAUAUUGAAGAAUUGUAUGGAGCCGAAGGACUUUCUAAAGAGGGCACGCUCGCUGAUGGUGGUUGUGUCAACGCCGCCAACGCAGAAUUACGAGGAAUUCACUAAGAAGGUCCGAGAGUAUAGUGUUAAGGAGCCAUUCAACUUCGUGAUCCCCGAGCUUCUGAGAAAGUAUGAAAAGUACGUGUCCAUUUAUGCGGCGUAUCUCUACGAUUCUCUCAAGCUGUACGCAAGAGCCUUGCAUCAGCUAACUAUUGAUCAUGCGGAUCAAUCUGUCGAGGAGCUCGCUAGAAAUGGCACUCUUAUAAUUGAGACGAUUAUCAAGAAUCGUACAUAUCAAAGUGUAAGUGGGGCAACCAUAAAAUUGGACAAAUAUGGGGACUCGGAAGGAAAUUUUUCGGUACUCGCUCUUAAGAAGGAGGCGUUACACCAGGACAAUUUUACCUGCGAGUAUCAGAUGGCCCCGGUGGGCCAGUUCCAGCAGGGUGAAACUCUAGUAUACAGACCAACGGGAGCCAUGGAUUGGCCUGGGAAAAAUAAGCCGGAGGCAGAGCCUGGUUGUGGUUUUCUCAAUGAACAUUGUCCAAAGGACGAUACGCAUUUCCGUAGUAUCACCGUCGCCAUCGUUCUCUUUGUUGCGUUGUUCAUCGUCGCGUUGUUCGCUAUGACUCUGUAUCGGAGGUGGAAAAUAGAGCAGGAGAUAGAAGGAUUGCUUUGGAAGAUUGAUCCGAGCGAGAUACACGGUUAUCCUCAUCUUGACAACAUGAUGUCCUCCCCUAGUAAGUUAAGUUUAGUUAGUGCAAUGUCCUAUGAAUCAAGAUGCGGCAACCAAGUAUUUGCGCAAACUGGGCAUUACCACGGUGUAGUGGUGCGGAUAAAGGAGCUGAAAUUCUCGAAGAAAAAAGAUAUUUCACGGGACGUUAUGAAGGAGAUGCGCGUUCUCCGUGAUAUUAGACAUGGUAAUCUCAACUCUUUCAUCGGAGCGUGCGUGGAGCCGAUGAGGAUAUUGUUAAUUACCGACUAUUGUGCCAAAGGAAGUCUUUAUGACAUUAUCGAAAACGAAGAUAUAAAAUUAGAUGAUAUGUUUAUCGCAUCGUUAAUUCACGAUCUCAUUAAGGGUAUGCUGUACAUUCACGAGUCAUCUGUGCUAGUCUGUCAUGGUAAUUUGAAGUCUUCCAAUUGUGUUGUGACUUCACGUUGGGUGCUCCAAGUCUCCGAUUUCGGUCUUCAUGAUAUGCGUCAUUGCGCCGAAUCUGACAGCAUUGGUGAACAUCAGUAUUAUCGAAACUUGUUUUGGAAAGCUCCCGAGCUGCUAAGAAAUCCGCAUGCCUCGAUUAGAGGCACUCAGGAAGGGGAUAUUUAUUCUUUUGCCAUUAUUCUGUAUGAAAUUCUUGGGCGAAAAGGGCCGUACGGAAAUAUCAAUCUGGAACCCAAAGAAAUCAUAGACCGAGUAAAAAAGUUACCACAAGAUGGUGAACCGCCGUUCAGGCCCAACUUAAAUAUACUCUCCGAGUCGAAAACAAAUUGCGCCGAUUAUGUUAUUAAUACUAUUAUGGACUGCUGGGCGGAAAGUCCAGAAUUUAGGCCAGACUUCAAGACGAUAAGAAUCGGCUUGAAGAAGAUGAAAGCCGGAUGGCACCGAAACAUAAUGGAUCAAAUGAUGAAUAUGAUGGAGAAAUAUGCAAGCAACCUCGAAGAUCUAGUCACCGAGCGUACGGGACUUCUUUUGGAUGAAAAAAAGAAAACUGAAGAUCUGCUUCAUAGAAUGUUACCCAAGCCUGUCGCGAAUUGUUUAACAAACGGUAUCGGAGUGGAACCAGAAGCUUUCGAUUUGGUUACUAUAUACUUCAGCGAUAUCGUCGGUUUCACGGCAAUGUCGGCGGAAAGCACUCCGUUUCAGGUUGUUAAUUUCUUGAAUGAUCUGUAUACAUUAUUCGAUCGCAUAAUUAGAGGAUACGAAGUGUACAAAGUAGAAACGAUUGGAGAUGCUUAUAUGGUCGUCUCCGGUCUUCCAAUAAGGAAUGGAGAUCAACAUGCCGGGCAGAUAGCAUCAAUGUCGCUGGAAUUACUUAAUGCCGUUAAACACCACACGAUACCUCAUCGACCUCAAGAAACUCUUAAGCUACGUAUUGGUAUUCACACUGGUCCUGUAGUAGCGGGUGUUGUUGGUUUAACAAUGCCUAGAUAUUGUUUGUUCGGGGACACCGUCAAUACGGCGUCUCGUAUGGAAUCUACCGGGGAACCAUUACGGAUACAUAUCAGUCAACAAUGUAAAGAAGCUCUCGAUAAGAUCGGAGGUUACAAGAUCGAGGAACGAGGCUUCAUAGAAAUGAAAGGAAAGGGAACAGUGAAGACGUAUUGGCUCACGGGAGCUACUGUGACGCACAGAAAAAAUACAGAGAACUUUAAUAUGGACGAAAAUCUUCCACCGCUGUUCUGCCGACCGCGGAAAAGUCCGAAGCUAAAUCCAGACUCGCGAUAUGCAUCACUGCUAGAGGGAUUAGGCGGUGGGAGUCGUAGACAAUCAGCUGUACCAUAUCCAAUGGCAGACGAUUCGUCUUCCCAAUGCGGUGGAUCUAGUCCAGUUCCUCGACCACUGCAUGCGCGCAAGAUUGAGAAAUCUCCCCUAUGCCUGACCGAAAGCGUUUCGAAGACCACGCUAGACAAUGUUUCGAUCCAGGAAGACAUGGAAGGACACGCUAACAAUAUCAAAUCAGUCGAUGAUUUGUUUACGAUCUCGGGGCCGAAGCUUAGGAAAAAUGCGCGCGCAUUGUCCACGAUCGCGUCUUCGUCAUCAAGCGACUAUCCAUCUCAGACUGUUAUACGCGGAUCUCGCUCACUGGACCCGCUUCCCACCGAAAUGUAUAACAAACGGUAUAACAAUUCGUCACCGAAUUUCUGGAAGGAGAACGAGUGCACGCGGACUGAUUCGAAAAUGGACAUUUCUGAGAAAAUGCUAAAUAAUAAUUAUCCUAACGGGAAUGUGAUAAUGGUGCCUCACACUGAUAACUCCCCGAACGAAGCGGAGCCACUGUUAGGCGACGAGAGCGAAGGCAAAGGAUACAUUCGGGAGAAACGUUCGCGCUCGCUGGAUCAAGUGGUAUCUGCGUCUAGCACGGACAGUGUACCUGAAAAAUCUUCCGCGCGAAAGUUGUUGGAAAUUCCGCCGGUUUCAACUAUCAUUCAGAUGUUCAACGGUAACGGAUUGCGUAGUAGCAACGUCUCUUUAAGGAGAGGCGUAAUACCAGGGUACGAUAAGCAAACUGAACGUGAAAGUGUAGUCUAGUACACAUUCGAAAAAUAUUCUCUUUUUUUUUUUAGUAACGCGACAAACUGGUAGCAGGAAAUAGAAUCACGUGUAAAAAGUGAGAGUGCUACUGGAUGCGUAAUUAUGUGAAGCAUAUUACGUUUAUGAGUCAUAAGCAUGAUAUAUUGUUGCCAUCUUUUUUUUAGCUUAGAUAUGUGCAAUUUAUGUAUAUGAAAGAGUUACCGACAUUGUAUAUUUUUUAAUAUCUAGGUAUUUUAUAUAACUUGUACUAAAAACCUGUGCAUCGAGAGGAUGCAGAAAGCAACUUUUACAUAGUACAGAACCCUACUCCUGUUCUUUUUUUUGUUAAGAUUUUUAAUUCGAGUGUGUAACAGAAACACUAAACUAUUUUAUAAAAAUCAUGACCAAAGUACACCACGGACAUUUAGAUCAUCCGACGAUCCAUUUCGUUUAACGAUAUGAAAAAGGAAUUAGAAUUAGAUAGCAUUGCGUAUAGUCGACGUCAGAAUGGUAUACAAAAAAACCUUGUUCUAUAGGUAGAAAUUACUAUUUUCAUAAGCAAGUUUCUAUCUAUGAAACAAAACCUCUAAUUUUAUAAUAAAUUUAUUACAUAAAUGAGAAAUUCAACAGUUAUAUAUAAUAAUUAAAACUUAUAAAGCGAUAAAACUAUAUAACUUUCCGUUUGUUACAUACUUAACAAAUGAAAAAUUUCUCUAAUCAUUCCAAUGUCGACUGUACAUACAUAAUCAAAUAAGAAGCAUGAAUGUGUAAGACAUAUGUACAUAAAACAUAUUAGCACACAUGUGUGUAUAUCUAUAAUAUCUAUAAAUCUAUAUUUGUUCACUGAAACAAGCAAAUUGUCCGUAUGGCUGUGAAAAAUAAACUAAAUAAUAUCUAAGGUGCUUAGUAAUAUAUCAUGUUGUUAAAUGUAUAUAAUUAAAUAAUAAUAUAUCAAUGUAAAGAUAAAACGUAAAUUAAAAGAAUUAUUACCUUCUACAAGAGUCAAUUAAAGAUUAAUCUU